CCUAUAUAUAACUGUACAUUAAGCUCAUACAGCGACUCUAUUUCCUUUUAACAAAAUUUAAAGGUGUUUGUAUGAAAAAGGCGUAAAGAGGUACCAUGUGACUCAGAGCCCAGCAUUAAGUAUUGGAUGUAGAUGAAUCUUUUGUUUUAAGAAGCGAGAUCAAACUAGUAGGAUCAAACCAUUGGAAAGCAAAGAAGAUUAGACCACAGCCAUGAGGAAAACGAAGAACAAGCUGAAGACGUUGAUGAUCUUGGCAACAAUGUCUUUGAUGAUACAGAUCCACCUUUUCCUUAAACCCUUCGUAAAUAACUAUCAGAUAAACAACAUCAACUACUACUUUUACCAGACCAUAAACAAUAAUUUAAUCUCCGAAGGGAACGUACUUGAGCAAGACCGCGGAGUUGUAACUGCAAGAUUUUCAUCAAAUGAGGCUGGGGACGUUGACAAUAGAUACAUUAAGAGUGGAAUAGCAUCCGAAUUUAGUGCGACUCAAGCAGAAAAUAGAUCUCCGAUAAAACCACAAUUUAAAAUUUCCGCAAAGUGGAACACUCAUAAUGGUAUAGGAAACUUAAUGUUUCAGUACGCAACCUUAAUAGGAAUCGCAAGAGCUAAUAAUAUGCGAAUUGUCAUACCAAGAACGCUUCCGAUUAGGCAUAUAUUCAAACUCUCAAACGAAAUUGAAUUAUCAGACUCAGGUAGGCCUGGCGUACAUUGGAAACAAUAUAGAACUGGAUGGAUAUGUUGUUUUUUCACACGUCAAGUUUUUCACCUGUCACAAAAUAAUACAGAAAUACGUGGGUACAGACAAUCAUGGAAAUACUUCCAAAGUGCCAAUGUUGAAGUUAGAGAACAUUUCCAAUUUCAUGAAUCAUUUAUAAAAGUGGCCAAAGAAACUAUUAAAAAAGCUUUACACGAUAAGCUCCAAAUAUCGAAAGAGACUCCGCGAAGUGAAAGCAAUGCCAUUGUCGUUGGAAUACAUGUAAGAAGAACUAACAUGGUUUCACCAGCGUCUUUAUCCAAGGGCCAAGUUGAUACAAAUACAACAUACAUAAAAAAUGCAAUGAAAUGGUUCAGUAAAAACUAUCCAAAAAAUGAGAUAUUGUUUAUUGUAUGUAGCGAUGAUAUGAAAUGGUCCUUGGAUCAUCUCAACUUUAGUAAUUAUAAAAUGUAUUUUGCAAGGGGGAAUAAAGACUAUGAAGAUAUGGCAAUUUUAUCAGAAUGUGAUCAUAUGAUUACAACUUUGGGAACAUUUAGCUGGUGGAGCGCUUGGUUGACGGGUGGUGACGUCAUCUAUGACGCAACAUGGCCACGGGCGGGGUCAGUUUUAGAUAGGGGUGUUAAUAGGACAAAUUAUUUUCCACCUAAUUGGAUAGCAAUUUAAAAUGUUUAAAGUAUAUCUCUUGAAAUAAGAAUACCUCCUUCUUGCAUUAUAUUAAAAUAUGAUCAGAAAGAAGCUGAUGUGCCAAAAUAAAUUAUGAAAAAAUUGAGUACUGAUUUUUAUGUGCACUUGUGUGAAUAUUCUAAGUUUGGGAGUUACAUGUACCUCUAAACAGGUAUUUCAUUAAAAUCUACACAUGAAAGGCUAAAUCACCAAACCACCAACCCUCAUCAACCCCUUUUAAUACUAAAGAGGAAUCAUCUUAGUACUUUUUAAUUACACAGCACAUUUUAUCCUUGUGCAUCAAUCCACUAAAAUAUGAAGAAUAUUAGUUCCCAAUUGAAAGACAAUGGAGUUAAUUUGAAAUCAUAUCCAUUUUCCGAUUAUCAACACAGGAGGAAUAACAAGACUAAUGAUUUCUGUA